AUGAAGCCAGCCCCGUUCCUCCAGUUCCUGCGCCCGUACAUCUGGAAGCCUCUGGGCAGGCCGAACCCGGCCUACCUGCGCUUCUUCCACCUCGCCCGGCAGCAGGAACUGGAGCAGGCCAAUGCGCUCAAGUACCCACGCCUGAGGCAUCGCGAUCAUGCGCCGCCCAUGCGCAUCCCGGAUUUCCGGGAGAAGUUUGCUGACAUCCAAGAGGGCGUUGUGGCUGAAGAGGAGGUCACGCUCCAUGGCCGCGUUCAGUCGGUGCGCAGGGCUGGAUCGAAGCUUAUUUUCUUUGACUUGAGUGGCGAGUUUGAGCGCGUUCAGGGAAUUUGUAACCUGAAUAAGCUGAUGGAUGGCUCGACGGUGGAGGAUAUCAAGCAGCUGGCGAAGUUGCUUAGUAGGGGUGACAUAAUCUCCGUUACAGGAAAGGCUACCCGCACGCCAGCCGGCGAGCUUACUAUCCAGGCCAGCUAUCUGCCUCAGAUCCUGACCCCAAGCAUCAUCCCUCUGCCCACUAAGCUGGUAGACGAGGAGGUGCGGAUGACCAACAGGCAUCUGGACAUGCUGGUCAAUCGCAAGACCACCGACGUCUUGCGCCUGCGCUCCUACAUCAUCAAGUACCUCCGGGACUUCUUCCACGAGCGCAACUUUCUCGAGUUCCAGACUCCCAUCCUGGCCGCGACCUCAGGUGGCGCCAGCGCCCGCCCCUUCACUGUCACGGCCAACUCCGUCUCGCGUGACGUCUCUCUCCGGAUCGCCCCUGAGCUCUGGCUCAAACGCCUCGUCGUAGGCGGCAUAGAACGCGUUUUCGAGCUCGGCCCAGCCUUCCGCAACGAGGGCAUCGACCAAACCCACAAUCCCGAAUUCACCAUCUGCGAGUUCUACCACGCCUACGCGACCCUUCCCGACCUAAUCUCCCUCACCGAAUCUCUUAUCCGCGGUGCAGCCGAGCACUGCCAAUCUCUCAUCUCCACCAAACUCACUUCUCUUCCCGACAUCGACCUGACUGCCUUCCAGCAACCCUUCGCCCAAGCCGAGUUCAUCCCAACCCUCGAACAAGCCCUCGGUUUCACCCUCCCGAACCUAACCUCCGAAACCGCCCUCCAAGACCUCCUUUCCCUCCUCCAAUCCCACAACAUCACCCUCCCCGAAACAACCAACACCUCCACCCUCGCCGAGCUCCUAGACGCCCUCGCAGCGCGGUACAUCGAGCCCCUCUCCGCCACAUCGCCGCUCUUCAUCACCCACCAACCCGUCUGCAUGUCCCCGCUCGCCAAGUCCUUCGUUUGUCCUAAGACAGGCCAAACCGUUUCCGCGCGCGCAGAGCUUUUCAUGCAUGGCAGGGAAUUAGCCAACAUGUAUGAGGAGGAGAACGACCCCUUCGAGCAAAAGAGGAAGUUCAUUCUGCAGGCGAAGGAACAGCUGGCGGAGAAACUGGCCGAGGAGCAAGCGAAGAACCAGCUGGUUGAACCCAGGCAGCUUGUUGUGGAGGGGACCACGGACGUGAAGGAUGAGGAUGUGGUUAUUGACGAGAGCUAUGUGCAUGCGUUGGCGUCGGGGUUGCCGCCUACGGGCGGAUGGGGAUGCGGUGUGGAGAGGUUGGUGAUGUUGUUUGCUGGGACGAGGAGGAUUAGUGACUGUUUGAGUUUUGGGAAUUUGCGGAAUGUGGUUGGGUUGGGUCCUACGGCGAAGGCGGGUGUGCCGGUAAAGGAGGAGGGGGAGGAGGGAACGGCCGAGGAGGAGGGUGAGGAAAGCAAGGAGCGAGAGGAAUGA